UCGCCACCGACCGCUGCCGUAACACAUGCUUCGGAACUUACGCACGCGGCGGCGUCCGCUUUACGGUGCUCACAUUUGUGCCUUAGCCGCCGCGAUUCUCCUCCUCCUUUCCGUUUCACUCCUCUACAGUCGCCUCAACUUCUUCCUCCAACCUAACAAUCACCACCCGCACUCCCUCCAAUACGACACUAUUUCACUGAACAAUCCUCUCGUGGACGAUUUAGCCGACGCUGAUUACCGCUCCUCUGACGACCGCAUCGACGAGCUCGACGUUGCUGACAAUAACAACAACAAUAACGAUGAUGAGUUCCUCUUAUCCAACGAAUCCGAAGAGGACGACGAAGAACUCAUCAACCAAUAUCCUAGGGUUUCCUCCACGUAUUUCUACGAUCAGAGGCACGGAGUUGUACGGAGAGCGUUUAACAAGCGAUCGAUUGAGGAAUGGGAGGAUUACGUUAAUUUCGAAUCGAGGAUGAAGGUAGGAUUAGGGUUUAAGAGUGAUGAAUCUAAGGCCGCGUUUGGAUCUGAUGAUUUUCCAGUAGAUGUGCAAAUGAGAAUGAAAUUGAGUGAGAUUAAGAGUGUUGAAGAUGCUUUGUUACUAAAAGGAUCACCUUUGAGGGAAGGGUGGGGUGAGUGGUUUGAAAAGAAGAGUGAUUUUUUGAGGCGGGAUCGGAUGUUCAAGUCGAAUUUGGAGGCGUUAAAUCCAAAUAAUAAUCCCAUGUUCCAGGAUCCUGAUGGAGCUGGGAUUACUGGAUUGAGUAGAGGGGAUAAAAUUGUAUUGAAAGUGUUGAUGAAUGAGCUUAAGAAAGUUCCAUUUCUGGUGAAAAAGCCACUUUCGGUUUCUGAAUUGAGAAAAUCUGAGCUGGUUAGUGAUGCUUUGGAUUUGCACAAGAUGGUGGGGCUGGCCAAAAAUGAUGCCUUUGAGUCGAAAGAGUUGAAGUUCAAUACUGAAUUAGUGAAAACUAAUGAUGCGUAUGUGAAUAAAGGGAAGAGAGCGGAGCGUAGAACAUUAAAUGAUAAUGCUAGAAUUGGAAAAAGAGCUGUACAUGUUCAUGAUACUGAUGAAGAUUUAGCUACUAGGAGUAACAAAGGGAUACACAAUGGUAAUAGGAAAGCUGUGGAAGGUGAGACAAGAGGUGAAGUUUCUGGGCAAGUCUAUGCUGAUGGAAAGAGAUGGGGUUACUUUCCGGGUUUGCAACCCCGGUUGUCUUUUGCUAAUUUUAUGAAUUCCUUUUUCAGGAAAGCAAAAUGUACAAUGAGAUUUUUCAUGGUGUGGAAUUCUCCUGCAUGGAUGUUUACCACUCGGUAUCAUAGGGGACUUGAGAGCGUACUUAACCAUCACUCGGAUGCCUGUGUGGUGGUUUUCUCUGAGACAAUAGAACUUAACUUCUUUAGUGGUUUUGUGAAGGAUGGCUUCAAAGUGACUGUUGUGAUGCCCAAUCUUGAUGAGCUCCUACAGGAUACACCAACACAUGUAUUUGCUUCUGUCUGGUACGAGUGGAAGCAGACAAAACAUUAUCCCUUACAUUACAGUGAACUUGUCAGGGUGGCAGCUCUAUACAAGUAUGGGGGAAUCUAUCUUGACUCGGAUAUCAUAGCGUUGAAUUCAUUGUCUUCGCUUAAUAAUACUGUUGCUUUUGAGAAUGACCUACGUGGAAAAACUUUGAAUGGUGCUGUAAUGGCAUUUAGAAAGCAAAGUCCUUUUAUAAUGGAGUGUUUGAAGGAGUUUUAUGCCUCUUAUGACGACGCACAAUUGAGGUGGAAUGGAGCUGAUCUUUUGACAAGAGUUGCUAGUAACUUUUCUGGCAAUGAUAAUCCGAUAGAACGAUGGAGAUCAAGUUUCAACCCUCUUUUCUUAUCUUCCCUAUCAGUCAUAAUAAUAUUACCAGAUAUUUCUCAGCACCAGCAACAGAGAGUGAGAAAGCUGAACAAGAUAUGCUAUUUAAAACUAUACUCAAAGAAGCAGUCACAUUUCACUUUUGGAAUGGCUUAACUUCAGCUAUGGUUCCAGAGACUGAGAGCCUUGCAUACCGGAUCAUUAAUUACAAUUGCCUACAUUGCUCAGAAGAAUUAUGAAUCUCUUGCAAAAGCAUUAAAGCAGACGGCCUUGUAAAACAUUUUAUUUUCAUGCCAUUAGAUACCUCACAGCUUUUAAAGAGAUUCAAAAGAGUGUCAGUUAUGAAGAUGUACAUUUGAAAUUCCGGUGCUGUUUUCCAUGAAGAAAGGCUGCUUGCAGUGGUGAUGUCCUGUCUAUAUACAAAUUGUUGUUGUAGGAAACAUGAAUCUUUAGUUGGCUGAAGGCUUCUGGAUCUCGUGUUCUUAGUCUAUUAGUUGGUGUAGAUUCUCACAAGGGAGGAUUAAGAGAUCCCACUUUUUAUAGCUGAGAUCUUUUUGUAUAUUUGCUUCCCUUUGAUUUGUGUAGUUCUCACUUUAUCGGUCUGAUUUAGAUGAUUCACUUAGUUUAAUCCAAAGUUUUGUAGAACUAUUUGUAGUCAUUGACAACACAACAAUCAUAUAUUUUAGUGAUGUUUCUUUUAAA